CUGUUUCAUAUCUUUGCAGCAAUGCAGAAGAGCUGCUCUGUGGAGUACAACAGCUCUAGCACCUCUGUAAUCCACCGUAUUCAAAGGAACCAGCACUCGCACCUUACUCGCUGGUUUGCUGAAGUCAUGAGAGGCUACCAUAAAGCACAAAUCUCCUUCAGAGAGAAAUGCAAGGCACAAAUUCAGAGACAGCUAGUGAUUGUGGAUAAAGAGGUGACAGAUGAAGAGCUGGAGGAAAUGCUCCGCUGUGAUAAUCUGGCCAUCUUCAUAUCAGAAGUAAACUCUGAUACCCACAUUUCAAGUCAGGCUCUGACUGAGAUUGAAAGGCGUCACCAGGACAUUGUCGGCCUUGAGUCCAGUAUUAAGGAGCUGCAUGAGAUUUUUGCUGAUACUGCCAUGCUGUUGGAGAUUCAGGGGGAGCUAAUCAACAACAUUGAGAGGAACGUCAUGAGUGCUGCAGAGUAUGUGGGAGCAUCUAGACAAGAAACUCAUAAAGCAGUCGCAUACAAAAAAAAUCGUCACAAGAUAGCAUCUCUUCCCAGCUUCUUCAAGCCCUUCAAGAGACAAAGCAGUCUUAAAGCUGAGACUGAAGUGCCCUCUGACCUAAACCACGGCUGA